CACGACAGUUGCAUCGACGAGCCGUGCGCGCGUGCGUUUGAAUUUUAUGUCACUAUAGAAGACAUUAAAUACUAUAUUACUAAUAUUAAAUCACCAGUUGAAAAUAAAUUUAUUAUACACGCGGUUUAUUUUAUUAUCGAACGUAAGUGCACAAACUCGAUUAUUAUUUACCACAAUAAUCAAAGAAACGAUUAACGUUAACUGAAAAUCGAGUUCGGUAAACACGAUCGUGUGUGUCAGUGAAUAUAAAUUGGAUUAUUUUUUUUUAUUUUAUUAUUUCUUUUGUUCAUCUUUAUUGUAUUUUAUUUUCUUGUCCUGUUUAUCUAUUGACGGAUAAGUGAACCUUGAGCACCAAGAGAUUAGAGCUUAGGGAAUAUAUUUGUAUAUAUAUUUAAAUAAAUAAACAGCCAUGUGCCGUGUUUGUGUACAGUGCAGUGUUUUGGUGAUAACAUAGUGAUUGUAAAUGAGAAUUUUAUGAUAAUAACAAAUUGUUGAUCAGUUUAUAUAUGAAUACUAAAACUCUUAUCACUGGAUAGAUCACUUAUAGAUAAGAUUGUCCUCGAGGUAUUACAGUUAAACCAAAUAAUUCAAGACUUGGACCGGACAAAGAGAAACCUUAUGAAAUAUCAGCAACGAGAUCACUACGAGGGUCCGAUCCUCCGGGACUUAAAUCUCCUGAAUCUUUUUUCUCAUUUCAUUCACUUAUUCUAAUAUCUAAUUGACUAGAAUUUUCAUCUACUUCUUCAUAACUCAAUAUCAAUUAAUUUGCUCUUGUCCGCGUUACGUGUGCGUGUGAUACGCACACGCAGUAUAAAUCCCCACUCUGGUUCUCUAGUCGUGGGACAGAAGAAUAAAAUAAAAAAUAAAUUUUUUCUCUCAAACCGGACGGGGCGCUUCGAAGCGCACGAAGUAAAGCUACAAAAAUUCUGGACAUAAUGGACAUGAGCAGCGAAUCGAGCGCGGCGCGUUGGUAUGAGCCGCCGAGGACGAGUCUCGAGUCCGCGGGUGCUGGGGGCGCGGGUGUGCCCGGUGUCAACUCUGACUAUAGAACUUACUACCCUCAUGCAGCGCCGACGCCUCAUCAUCCCGCAGCAGCCGCCCACUACGCUCACAGUAGAAUGACAGGAAGCGGCGUAUCUGGUGGACCAGUGAGUCAGGUCUGCCGUCCACAUUUUCACGGUAUCCAUCCCUGGUUAUCCAGUACUGGAGACGCUAAACCCUGGGCAUUUCCAGCGACAACGGCGUCGACGGGUGGGGCUGCGGAAGAUAAACCUCAGAGUCCUUUGGGCUCGUCGUUACCACCUACCUCCGUGAGUUUGUCAAGCCACGGUGUCAAUGGAGGACACAACCUGUUUUCAUUUCCACCCACGCCGCCUAAAGACGCCACCCCUGACAGCAUAACCACCAGCACGAGUUCCACAACAAAUAACAACAAUAAUUCUGUGAGCAAUAACAAUAGUACAAAUAAUGGAAGCAAUACACUGGGUCUGGGUGGUGGGAACAGCGAAUACCAAGCGGCAGUGGCACAUGCGGCUGUGAUGGGGGCAUUUAUGCAUCACCAAGACGCACUGGGAGCAACAUCGGGUGGCUCGUGUGACGUUAAACCAUCGGUGAUGCUGGGUCAUCAUCACGGUGCACCUUCACCGCCACAUCAGCACAACGGGGGCAAUAACGGCGGAGGCGGUGGCCAGGUCAAACAACGUGAAGGUAAUAGCCAAUCCACGAAUAAUGGUGCCGGUGGUGGUACGAAUUCGGCUGUUAAUGGCCAACAGCAGCAGCAACAACAACAGCAGCAGCAAACGGCAAAUCAACAAGCGAAUGCACAGCAGCAACAACAGGAUUACCAGAAUCCUGGCGGUGCUACUUCACCAUCGUGCAGGGACUCCUAUCAUCCUGCCUCCCAUCACCACCAUCAUCAUCACGCGACCUCAACUUCCCAGUAUGAUCCUACUGCGAGCGCUUACAACAUGUAUUCGCACCUACAGUAUCCUACCCAUCACGCCCACAAUCCACACAACGGAUCCUCGUUGUUUUCUGGAUCCCAUCACGCAACAACCGGUGUACCCGGUGUUGUCAGUCCUGACGCAAAACUUCUUGGCUCCUCGCACGGCAACACCCCAAACUCACCCGGUUCCCAACAACAGCAGCAGCAAAAGCCGAGGAACAAGUCCAGAACGUCCGCCGAGGGUCGCGAGUGUGUCAACUGCGGAGCAACUUCGACGCCACUCUGGAGACGAGACGGUACUGGACAUUAUCUCUGCAAUGCCUGUGGGCUCUAUUACAAAAUGAAUGGACAAAAUCGACCGUUAAUCAAACCCAAGAGACGUCUGUCGUUGCAGAGUGCCGCGAGAAGAGCAGGCACGAGUUGUGCAAACUGCAAAACCGCAACAACGACCCUUUGGCGAAGGAAUCAAGCUGGCGAGCCGGUGUGUAACGCGUGCGGCCUCUACUACAAACUUCACAACGUUAACCGACCGUUGACGAUGAAAAAGGAGGGUAUACAGACGAGGAAUAGAAAAUUAUCCUCAAAAAGUAAAAAGAAGAAACAGGGAAACUGUCUCGGUUUGAGCGGCGUCAUGGGUGACAUGAUCAAGGCAAGCGGACACUUGGAUCUUGAUAACAAGUCAUUCCACACUGGAUUUGGUUCACCUAUGGGAACGGCCCAACAUCAUCACUCGAUGCAUCCAGCAGUGCAACAUUACAUGUAUCACUCGGGAGUCGGAAUGGCCGGAGGUCUUCAUCAGGGAUUCGCGCCACCCGCGCCACCGCCAAUUCACCCGCACUCUCAUCCACACUCCCACUCCCAUCACAUGACGAGUUUGCAGGGUCUUCAGUUGGCAGCUACGACGAAUGCUAUGACCGGUUGGAGGUCCGAGUACACAUGAAUGAGUACUUAUGACCAGUAAACAGCAUCAGCAGCAGCAGCAUCAGUACCAACACCAGCAGCUCAGGACGCAACCCACCAUUCUGUCAUAAGCUUUUUUCGAUAAACUCUCGCGCUAUUGGUAUCCGUGUGCUCACAUAUAUUUAUACAUAUAUGGAAAAACCUCGUAAGCGUUAACACGUAUGUUAAAAGAUGAUACCCAUCGUCUUUUUAUUUUAAAAAUUAUUAUUUCUUUUUUAUUUUAUUUUUUUACUUUUAUUAUUUUUAAAUCGAAGGUUUAAAAAUCUUCAACUUGUUAUAUAAAUAUAAAUUUAUCAGCAGCAAAUAAUGGAAUCAAUGCUCACGCGUUGGAAUUAUUUUUUUGUAAAUAUGUAAAGUAUACCGUAGGGUUUAUUAACCCCCCGGUCCCAAGUACAAAGUCAGCUGUCGUUUAAUCGAGUCGUUAUAUAAUAAAUUUAAAUGUAAAUAAAAAAAAACAUAAUUAUUAUAAUAAUAUACUUAUUAAUGAACUCAUAAAUUAAUUAUGAGUAUUUGAAUUUAUAUAAAUAGUAAUAAUGGUGUACUAUUCAUUUGAUUACACGUUCGUAUUUAUCUUAAAUCACGACGGUAUGAAGCCAUCGCAAUCAACGUUAAUCAACUAAUCGGUUUUUAUUUUCACCUCAGUCACACCUUAGAUAUAUCGACUAAAAUUAUAAAUAUAAAUAUUAUUUCUAUUAUUAUAAAUAUUAUAUAUUAAAGAUCAUUUUAAUUGUAUCUACACACUGAUACUACCCGUGUGUGGGCGUUAGAUUACGAGCUAACGUGAUACGAUACACAGCCGACACUACACCCUGGGAAAUAUAUAUAAAUUGUAUAAAAAUGAAUUAUCUCUAUCGGUCAUUAUCGUGCAAUUUAAGGUAACGAGUGAAGAUUUUUAUCGGCAAAACACGACGACUGCUUCCCUCAGCUGACCUUUUUCUCAUUUAUUAUAAUAUUAUAUUUGUCAUCAUUAAUAUUUACUGCGCUGACAGUUAACAUUAAAUAUAUUAUUAUUAUUAUUAUUAUAAAGAAAUUAAUGAAUUUUCAAUAGAUAAAGUAAUUUGUGUGAUUUAUAUUUAUUAUUGAUUGAUUAAAUUUAAAUGUGUGUGAUAAAAAUAAAAUAAUUAAUACAUGGGACAGUCGUACGUGAUUUUUAUUUUCUGUUUCGAUUUCUUUUUUUUUUAAUUAAUUUAAUUUGUUAUUUAAUGCGUCGAUUUAUUUUUCUUAGUGAUCGUGGGCCCAUAAGUCAUAUAUAUAUAUAUACUGUAAAAAAUUAGGAGUGAAUUUGAAGUGAUUACGGAAUUUGUUUGAACCCAACUUCACUCGGAGUCUCGGGGUUUAAAAAAAAAUUACUCCGCAUAUGGAGUAAAUAAGGAGUUUUUUUUUUUUAAUGGAGUAAUAUGGAGUUUAUUUAAAUUUGCAUUCACUCCGAUUCGGAGUUUUUUCUUCUACACUGUAAAAAGAGCGGUGUUAAAAAUGGACUCAUUUUAACUCCGCCCGGUGUUAAAAUAAAAUUACACCGGUGUUAAAUCGGGGUAACCGGUGUAAAAGCCGGGUAAACUGCGUCCGCUUGGAUUAUUAACUUUAAAGAUUAUAAAACACAAAAAAUGUCAGUUCUUUAUGAAAAUUAAUAAAAAAAAUCAUUUAUUAACAAGUAUAGUGAUCGAGUAAUUCACAAAGUAAAAUAUUUUAACACCGGUCUAGAAUAUUUACACCGGUGGCGGCGUUAUUUUAACACCGCUUUCAGGGGUAAAUUUAACACCGAUAAUUUUAACACCUACACCCUUUGGACUUACCCCGGUGAUUUUUUACAGUGUAGGAGUGAAUUUCACUCAGAACCGGAAUUUAAAUAUUUAAAUAAACCCGCCUUCGGAGUGAAUUUCACUCCGCGGGAAUUAAAAAAAAUAGACAGUCAUCUAUUCUCCAUUUACUCCGGAUUUACUCUGCGUUCACUCCGUUAAUUUUUUACGGUAUAUAUAUGUCUUGACGGAUUGAAUUACUGAUAAAUAUAAAUGGGUGUCAAAUCUAACACUACACGGAAAAAAAUGAUUGACAAUAAUUGUAGUUCAACUUCUAAUUAUUUAUGUUAUGUUCAAUAACUAAUGUCGUUUCAGUUAGUAAAAUUAUGAUUUUAAUGUUUAAACUGCUAUAAUUAACAGUUAAUCGUUGAAAUAUACUGCUUGACUAUUUAAAAUUACUAGUUAAACCUUAAAAAACUACAAGACACUUGUCAAAAAAAUGCAUCUGUUAUUAAUUUCUUACGUUUUACUCCAUAAUAUUUACUGAGAUUCGGUCUAGGCGCGCUGUUGACGAGAAUCUCAGUAAUAUUUACUAAUUUUUUUUCCGUGUAAAAAAAAACGGGAGUGAGUUCGAAGUGAUUACAGAUUUCAUUUAAAUCCGCAUUCAUUCUAACUUCGAGAGCAUCAAAUAAAAAUAGUCACCUGAUCCGCAUUUACUCCGAUUAAAUCCGCGAUCACUAAGAAAUUUAAUUAUUUUAUUUUUUCAAAACUUAAAUAAACUUCAGACGGAAAAAAAUAAAGCACACAAUAGAUGAAAAUUUUAAUUUGAAAUUUUUAAUUAAUGCCGUUAAUUAGAAAAAAAAAAAUAAUUUUUAUUUUUUUGAAUUUUCAAUUUUCUUAGCGGAAGUUGGAAAGAUUAUUAAUUUAAUUACUAUUAUUAAUAUAAUUAUAAUUACAAAUAAAUAUAUGGAGACAUAAAUAUAUAUUGUAAACUAUAGUAUAUGGUUAAUAAACCACUGAGAGUAAGUGAUUGUGUAUAAUUACUAGUAAUCAGAUAUAUAAAGUUAGAUAGUCAAAGUAUUAAAAUAAAAGAAUGAGAGAUAAUCGAUAAGUUUUAAUAAUAAAUAAA